UGAUAUCUGGAAGAUGGUUGUGGAAAGUGUCUUGGCUUCAGAGUGAAGCACGACAUGAGUUGCUGGGAUCAUCAGGACGUGUUUGAGUUUUAAACCUGACCAUCACCAUGAGCUGUGUGCACCUUUGGUUUGUUGUUGCUGCUGCUGCUGCUGCGUUGACCAGUUUGGUAACCUUGCCGCAGGAGAGUGAAGGUGUGUGUGUCUACCAGGGAUCAUUCUUUGCGAAUAAUACAGGUUGGAAGCCAGACUCCUGCCAAGAUUGCAGCUGCCACAGUGAUAUUGUUCUGUGCAGGGUUAUGCAAUGUCAGAACCCCCAGUGUGACUUACAGAAGGGAGAGGUCUUCAGAAUAAAUCCAAACAAGUGCUGCCCUGAGUGUGCCCCGCGGACACAUCAAGCCUGUGAUUUUGAAGGACAGAUCCAUGGGCAUGACACCGAGUGGAUGGGUUCAGAGUGUACAGUGUGCUCCUGCACCAACACCAAAGCCAUGUGUGGCCCAAAGUACUGCCCUCCAAUUACCUGUGAUAUAGGAGAAACCACCUACACGCCGAAGGGAGACUGCUGUUCAAAAUGCGUGCAGACUGGAACAUCCUGCUUCUUUGAGGGAGAAAUGUACAGGGAUGGAGAGGAGUGGAAGCUAACUGGAUGUUCAAAAUGUGUCUGCAGUAAUGGUAAUGUACAGUGCUACAUCGCUGAGUGCGAGGCUCUACACUGUGAGGAGGGUGAAAAUGCGGCAAUGCUGCCUGGAAAGUGCUGCCCUGAAUGUCGACCAAAAUCCUGUACGCUGACAGAGGAGGAGUAUGAGCACGGUAAACAAUGGCAGGAGAACGCCUGCAGCACCUGUAUUUGUGACAGAGGCGAAAUCCGGUGCCAUUCCCAGACAUGCCCACAGCUCACCUGUGAGAAGGGGCAGCAGCAAGUCCAACGACCUGGUCAAUGCUGUGAGGAAUGCGUGUCCAGGAAAGGGAAGUGUCCAUACCAAGGUGUGGUGAGGUAUCACGGGGAGAUGUGGAAUGCGAGUUCCUGCGAGUUUUGCAUGUGCGAAAGGGAACAGGUGGUUUGUCAGCGUGCAGAAUGCACCAGGGUGGAGUGCUUGUGGGGUGAAGAGCUGCUACUUUUGCCUGGAAAGUGUUGCCCUGAGUGCAUACCCAUUAGCAGUUACUGUGUUUAUCAAGAGCAAGCCAAGGAGAUGCAUCCUUCUGAUUUGAAAGGUGAAAAGCAUCUUGUGAAUGGAGAAAAAUGGACUGAAGGCCCUUGUAAAGAAUGUGAGUGCCGAGAUUCACAGGUGAUCUGUUAUAAACCCUCCUGCCCUCCAUGCCCUGUUGGGACACUUGCUGUAGAAAUCAAGGGAGUGUGCUGUCCAGAGUGCUAUCCAGCUCAAUGCCACUCUGACUGUCUGACGUGCACGCAGUCACCCGAUCAUUGUGACGUCUGCUCCGAUAAGGGCAAAUAUUUGCAGAAUGGCCGCUGCCUGCCAAGAUGUGACCCUGGGUUCUAUGAGGAUGGUAGACUAUGUAAAGCAUGUAAGGAUUCUUGUGCCACCUGUAGUAAUCGGUUUGAAUGCACUUUAUGCAAGGAGUCGCUGAUGAUGAAGUACGGUCAGUGUAUGAAUUCCUGCGGAGAUGGGAUGUAUCAGGAAGAGCAGCGGUGUGCAGCUUGUCAUGAGUCUUGCUUGACAUGUCAAGGUCCUUCAGAAGCAGAUUGUAUUACCUGCAAAGACCCAUCACAUUUGGUCAAGGGCAGGACUUGUGUUGCCAAAUGUGGUCAGGGAUAUUAUAUGAAGGACAACAUCUGCUACGAGUGUGACCGGUCCUGCCAGACCUGCUACAGCGACAGUGCAAAAUGUCUCAGCUGCCCCACAGGGAGAGUGAUGCAUAAUGGGAAGUGUGCCUCACAUUGCCCCAAGGGCUAUUACAAGGAUGUGGCAAGGUGGUGUAGAGCCUGCCAUACUUCGUGUGCAGCCUGCACUGGUUCAUCUCCUGUCCAGUGUGCCUCCUGUUCCAACCAUCUUUUCUUGCACAAGGGACAGUGCCUCCCGGCUUGCCCUGAGGGAUUUUACCCUGAGAGUGGUGCAUGUCGAGCUUGCAGCCCACUGUGCCGUUCCUGCUUCGGAUCCACACCGUCAGACUGUACUGAGUGUCUCAAACCAGAACAAGUCAUCCAGGUUCAUCAGGGCACAGGGCGUGGAGCGUGCAUGGCUGAGUGCGAUCCCCACUAUUAUGUUAAUACAGGAAAAGUGUGCUCAGGCUGCCACUCCACCUGCUCAAGCUGCACAGGGAGUAGCCCUGAAAACUGCACAGCCUGCUCCUCACCUAAGGUGCUCUAUGAAAAUAAAUGCCUUCAUCAGUGCCCUGAAGGGUUCUACAGUCAAGAUAACAUCUGUUACCCGUGCCACCCCUCCUGCCGAGCAUGUGAUGGUCCCUCUGACUCUGACUGCACAGCGUGCCACCCUCAUGUUGCUCUGCUGAACAGAUAUUGCAGAACCAGCUGCGAAGACGGGCAGUACUUGAACCUCGUUGGGUUCUGUGUAGAUUGUCACUCACAGUGUCAGAGCUGUGUGGCUGACCUUCAAAACACAGGUAGUAUCUGCCUGGACUGCAAGAAUCCCCGGGAGGUGCUGCUGCGAGAUCACUGCUUUUCUCGUUGUCCCACAGGCUAUUUUCUGAACAGAGGUACCUGCAAAAGGUGCCAUGCAUCAUGUAGAACGUGCAGCAGUGAAGGACCCUUUGGUUGCAGUACCUGUCGAGCUGACCUGGUCCUCGCCCAUAACAACAUGUGUGUCCCUGCCUGCUUCCCGGGGUUCUACAGCGACAACACCCAAGCGUGCCAGCCCUGCAGUAGCCAGUGUUUGACCUGUGAGUCGCGUUCUGCCUGUUUGUCCUGUAAAGACCCCGCUAAAGUUCUGCUGUUUGGGGAGUGCCAGUAUGAGGCCUGCGCCCAGCAGUACUAUCUUGACUACUCUACCAUGACAUGCCGAGAAUGUGACUGGAGUUGCAAUUCUUGUAAUGGACCCCUCAGAAGCGACUGCCUGCAGUGCAUGGAUGGCUACAUAUUGCAAGAAGGAUCCUGUGUUAAGCAGUGUUCAUCAGGCUUUUACAAAGCAGGGGAAGAAUGCAUGCCUUGCAAUGAGCAUUGUUCACACUGCACUGGGCCCAGUCUCUGUAGCCGGUGUGAAGCACCUUACCUCCUGUUAGAAACACAAUGUGUUCAUGUCUGUGCGAAAAGAUAUUACUCCGAUGACAGCCAGCACAAAUGCAUAGCAUGUUCCACUGGAUGUUUAGAGUGUGACAGCGCCUUGAGAUGCACACUGUGUGACAGUCCCAUCCUGAAGAAUGGGCUCUGUGUUGCUGAUUGUGGUCCAGGGUACAAUGGUAAUACACACAAGCACGUGUGCGAAGUUAAUGUUCAAGCACCCACCCUACGUAGAACCAGUCCAGUACUUGUGGAAAUCGGCGGAACUGAGGCACUAAACACUUCUUUCAUCAGCCUGCGUGAUCCUGACACACCAGUUGAAAACCUAAUUUUCCAUAUUGUCAGCCCGCCUGCCAAUGGGAAACUGAUUAAAAUGGAAAAGGGCAAGGAAAUCCAUCUUCAGAAAGGAAGCACUUUCACUGUCAAGGAGAUCAGAGAGCAAAACAUCCGAUUUGUUCACGACAAAGAAAAAUCAAGGAAUGGUCAGUUCACCCUGAAGGCCAGUGAUCUGCAGCUGUUCUCUCGUCCAGAAACAAUUAAUAUUCAGGCCUUUUCACUUAAGCCUCCAUAUGUACUGACAAAUGAAAUGUUACUGGUCAGCAGAGGUGGAAUGGGAGCCAUUUCUAAUCUCGUCCUGGACAUUGAGGAUGAGGACAACCCCUCUGAUGUGGUCCUUGAAGUAUUGGACCCUCCAAGACAUGGCCGUCUGAUUGUGCUCCCAGCAAAUGUGGAUGUACAACACUUUCAAUUGAAGGACCGGAAACACAGACAGCUUCAUUACAUUCAUGAUGGGACAGACAACAUGUACGAUCGGACACUGCUGCAGAUAAAUGAUGGGCAUAAUUUCCUGAACGUUCUCUUCCAGAUCAAAGUUAUUCCAGAUGAAAAGCAGAAAGAUAAAGGGCCACAUGUAGUGACUAACUCACCGGGAUGGGUCCCUGAGAGGGGAUUACUGCAGAUCAACAACAAACUGCUGAGGGCAGUGGACAAAGACGUUAGUGAUUCAGAGAUCAUCUUCACCCUAACUCAUGCAAAAGAAAAUCCUAGAUUUGGUGAUAUGGUCCUAUUGGUGCCGAUGCCAGCUGAUGGUCCGGCAGAUGGGUGGCAAAGGCUUCCAGAUGGGAGGAUAGCUACUGUGACCACCUCUUUCACUCAGCAGGACAUUGAUGACGGUAUUGUGUGGUACAGGCACUCAGGGACAAUCUCUACGAAGGACUCAUUCAACUUUCAGGUUACAAAUGAUCCCAGAACAUACAGUGGAACUGAGAGCCAUGUAUUUCAAAUUGGAAUUUUACAGGAGAACGAAGAGGCCCCACAGCUGGCUCCAGGGAUUAUUACCCCUCUACAAAUCACAGCACUUGAAGAUCGAGUUACUGUAAUCCAGGCUACCCAACUGUCAUUUCUAGACAGACAUACUCCCAGCCAAGAUCUAAUCUACAACAUCACUGCACCACUGGCCCCAGAACAUGGUGCUCUUGAACACUCGGAGGCGCCUUUCUUCCCAGUCACGUUAUUUACUCAGGCUGACGUUAACAACGGAAUGAUCCUGUACCGUCCACCGGCAGCUUCUCCCAACUUGCAAGGCCUAUUCAAGUUCUCCUUCAUUGUCUCUGAUGGUGAACAUGCUUCACCGGAAAUGGAGUUCACCAUUCAUCUGCUGUCCACAAAUCAGCAACCUCCUGUUUUCCAAGAAGCACAUCCUUUCAUAAAGGUCAGCCAGGGAGGAAGUGCUGCUGUCGGUUUGAGCCAGCUCGCAGUCAGUGAUGUAGAUACAUACCCAGAUGACCUUCUGUUUGAGCUGGUGGAGCCCCCUCAGUUUGGUGAUCUGAUGAUAGCUGACUAUGGACUCCAGAAAAAGAUGAGGAAAGGAGAUGCCUUCACACAGGACAAUGUGGAACGGAACACCCUUCAGUAUCUUCAUCAUGGCAGUCAGACAACGGAAGACAGUAUGAGAAUCCUGGUCACUGAUGGAGUUACAUCAGUAACAGUGCUGCUGAAAGUGUGGGUGACAGUCAACGAUGGACCACAGCUUGCACCUGGUUCCCUGCUGUCCAUUUCAGUGCCAGAGAAGAACUCUGGGGCAGUAACAAGAUCUCACCUGGCAUACAUUGAUAAUAAUUCUCCUGACGCUGCAAUCCGAAUUCAGCUAAUAUCUCCCCCCAUGUACGGCAUUCUCACCAGGACUAAAUCUGGGAACAACCGCGAAGAACUCUCAGCACUGGCAACUUUUACAAUGGAAGAUAUUAACAACCAGAAGAUCAGAUAUGUCACAGACUAUGACACUGGCAAUCAACCAGUCACGGAUAUUUUCUACUUUAAUGUCUUCGAUGCUGAUAACAAUCAACUCAAUGACCAAAUGUUUACCAUCACCAUCACUGCUGUUGAGAACCAGCCACCAAUGGUUACCAUCAGAGAUGAAGUCACUGUGGAAGAGGGAGGCCGAGUCCUGUUGUCAUCACACAGUAUUCUAGCCACGGACUUUGACACCCCUCAGAGAGACCUGUUGGUGAGGAUAACCACUGCACCGACCUUUGGCUACAUUGAAAAUCUCAAUAGAGAAGGAAGAAUUGACAGAGCAGUUAUUAUCAGCCCGGGCAUUCCCUUCUCUAUUCAGGACAUUCUUGAUAACAGUAUUUACUAUGUGCAAAGCGUCCAUCGAAAUAUUGAGCCAAUAUCAGAUGGCUUCGACUUCUAUGUAACUGACAGCACAACUCGGUCUCCAUCGUACCACUUCAACAUCACUAUUCUGCGGAAGAACGAUGAACCUCCCAGAAUGACUGUCCAAACUGUCCAUGUGAAGGAAGGAGCUGGCGUGGUGAUCACAAACACCUCCCUGAGCCUGCAGGACCUGGACACACCAGAGAAUGAAUUGGUUUUCAGAGUGACCAAGAAACCAAACCAUGGCAAACUUCGGAGAAGGCAGUUUUAUUCAGAGCCACUGGAAAAUGGCCGUGUGCUGACUCAAGGCUCGUCCUUCACAUACCAGGAUGUGCUGGACGCUCUGAUAGUUUACACCCACGAUGGGCCCAUAAUCCAGUCUGACGAAUUUCGAUUUGCCUUCACGGACGGGCUGUAUACAGAGAAUGGGAAAAUGGAGUUUCAAGUGGAAAAGCAAAAGAAUGAGGCGCCAAGAUUAACUAUUAACCGAGGUCUACAGUUCGCAGCAGGCUCCGUAUCAGUAAUUACUGAGCAGCACCUAAAAGCUACAGAUAUCGAUUCUGACAAUGAGAAGCUCAAGUUUGUUAUAACCAAAGACCCAACUGUGGGACGUCUGCAGAUGUCCAAAAAUGACAAUUUGGUUCAGAUUUCCAUCAGGGGACCUAUUAAAAGCUUCACCCAAACGGACAUCAAGAAAGGGUACGUGGAGUACCGGCAUGAGAAGGGCGAGCCUGGUGGGAGUUUCGCUUUCAAGUUUGAUGUGGUCGAUACAGAUGGAAAUAAACUGAUUGAUCAGUCUUUCUUCAUUAGCGUGCUGGAAGAUAAGCUUCCACCAUCUAUUGUAAUUAAUAAAGGCCUUGUACUGGACGAGAACACAGUGAAAAAAAUCACCACCCUCCAGCUCUCAGCCACUGACCAAGACAGUGAGCCUGGUGAGUUGGUUUACAGGAUUACCAAACAACCCCAGCUGGGCCACAUUGAACACGCUGCUUCCCCAGGGACAAAGGUCAGCCACUUCUCGCAGGCUGACCUUGCGGCUCGCAGCAUCCAGUACGUGCACACCAGUGAUGAAGAAAAGCAUUCAGACGAUUUCACCUUUUCAGUGUCUGAUGGUGCCAAUGAGGUGGCCCAAACCUUUUAUAUUACUAUUCGGCCUGUGGAUGACUCCCUGCCUGUGGUUCAGAUUCCUGGAAUGCGAGUGCAAGAGGGAGUGAGGAAGACUAUCACAGAAUUUGAGCUGAAGGCCACAGAUGCAGACACUGAGGCUGAAUCAGUGACCUUUACCAUUGUGCAACCCCCUCGCCAUGGAACCAUUGAACGAACCAACAGUGGCCACCACUAUCGUCAGACUAACACCUUCACUAUGGAUGACAUUUACCAGAACCAUAUCAGCUACAACCACGAUGGCAGCAAUUCUCUGAAAGACCGCUUCUCUUUCACAGUAUCUGACGGGACUAAUCCGUUUUUCAUUGUUGAAGAAGGAGGCAAGGAGAUUGUGACUGCUGCUUCCCAGAAGUUUAAGAUUGACAUCCUCCCUGUGGAUGACGGGACACCCAGAAUUGUUACCAACCUGGGACUGCAAUGGCUGGAGUACAUCGAUGGCAAAGCGAUCAAUUUGAUUACAAAGAAGGAGUUAUUGACCAUGGAUCCUGACACUGAAGACAAGCAACUGGUUUAUCAGAUAACUACAGAACCAAAACAUGGGCAUCUGGAGAGUAAGCUGAAGCCUGGAUCCCCUCUAACAACAUUCACACAAGAGGAAGUUAACCUGGGUUUGAUCCACUACGUGUUGAACGAAGACAAGAUCCAGGAGACAAUGGACACUUUUAAGUUUUCAGUGAAAGAUAGCAAACCUAAUAUUGUCAGUGACAAUGUUUUCCACAUCCAGUGGUCUCUCAUCAGCUUUGAGUAUACCAGUUACAAUGUGAGUGAGAAGGCCGGUUCUAUCAGUGUCACAGUGAAGAGGAGCGGCAAUCUCAAUCAGUAUGCUAUUGUGCUCUGUCGCACUGAACAGGGUACAGCAACCUCUACCUCUGGUGCUGGCUCAAAGCUGGGGCAACAGGACUAUGUGGAGUACGCAGGGCAGGUUCAAUUUGAUGAGAGGGAAGAUAUGAAAGCAUGCACCAUAAUCAUAAAUGAUGACCAGGUGUUUGAAAACAUUGAAAGCUUUAACGUGGAGUUGAGCAUGCCUGCAUAUGCCUUGCUAGGUCAGACAACAAGAGCCAAAGUGAACAUCAACGACACGGAAGACGAGCCCACCCUUCAGUUUGAUAAGAAAAUGUACCGAGUUAACGAAAGUGCUGGAUUUCUGCUUGCACCGAUGGAGCGCAAAGGAGAUACCAGCAGUACCGUCUCUGCAAUCUGUUACACUGUCCCCAAAACGGCCAAGGGUAGCAGCCUGCACGCCUUGGAGUCUGGCUCAGAUUUCAAGUCCAGGGGAAUGACAAAUGAAAAUCGUGUGGUCUUUGGCCCUGGUGUAAGCAUGUCAACGUGCGACAUCAAGCUGAUUGAUGACAGUGAAUACGAGGAGGAAGAAGACUUUGAGAUCGCCCUGGCUGAUGCAUCCCACAAUGCACGCCUCGGGGAAGUUGCAGUUGCCAAAGUUAUGAUAAAUGGUCCCAACGAUGCCUCGCUUGUAUUUCUCGGAAACUCUUCUUUCACUGUUAGUGAAGAUGCAGGUACCAUCGAAAUACCAGUUAUUAGACAGGGGAGUGAUUUAUCCACAUCAACCUCAGUGUGGUGUGCUGCCCGGCCUUCAGAUCCUCCGUCUGCUACUCCAGGCAUUGACUACAUCCCCAGCUCCAAGAAGAUUGAUUUUGCACCAGGCAAGACAGAAGAGAUUUGUACUUUAACUAUCCUAGAUGAUGUGCAGAAUCCAAUUAUUGAAGGGAAUGAAACUUUUAUUAUAUUCCUGAGCUCAGCACAGGGAGCAGAGCUGGUUAAACCCUACCAGGCCAUUGUUGUUAUCAAUGACACCUAUCAGGAUGUCCCUAGCAUGCAAUUUGGGAAAGAUAUCUACAUUGUGAAGGAGAAGGAAAGGGAAUUGCACGUUCCUAUUAUCCGGACUGGUGAUCUCAGCUACGAGUCCUCGGUGAGGUGUUAUACUCGACAACUGACAGCACAGGUCAUGGAAGACUUUGAGGAAAGAAGGAAUUCUGAUGAUUCCCGCAUUACAUUCCUGAAGGGGGAAAAGGUGAAGAAUUGCACUGUGUUAAUAAAUGACGACACCGUCUUUGAGCCAGAGGAAAGGUUUCAGCUACAACUUGGUAACCCACUGGGCAGCCACUGGAGUGGAGCCAAACUUGGAAACAACGACAUCGCCAUCGUGACUAUCUCAAAUGAUGAAGAUGCUCCAAUAAUUGAAUUUGAGGAAGCGAUUUACCAAGUGCACGAACCCCCAGGGCCAGAUGGCAUUGCUAUACUAAAUGUCAAGGUCAUCAGGAAAGGAGACCAGGACAGGACCUCAAAGGUUCGCUGUAGCACUCGGGAUGGAUCCGCCCAGUCAGGUGUAGACUACAACCCCAAGAGCAGGGUCCUUAAGUUUAUUCCUGGUAUUGACCAUAUAAUAUUCAAAGUGGAAAUCCUAUCCAAUGAGGACCGAGAGUGGCAUGAGUCGUUCUCUCUGGUCCUGGGACCAGACGAUCCGGUCGAGGCAAUACUUGGCGAUGUCAUCACAGCCACAGUGACCAUCAUUGACCAGGAGGCAGCAGGGAGUCUGAUUUUGCCAGCCCCACCUAUAGUUGUAUCUUUAGCUGACUACGAGCAUGUUGAAGAGGUGACAAAAGAAGGGAGCAAGAAGACACCAUCUCCCGGCUAUCCACUGGUGUGCGUGACACCAUGUGACCCACACUUUCCUAAGUUCGCUGUUAUGAAAGAACGCUGUGUUGAAGCAGGAAUUAAUCAAUCUUCUGUCCGCUUCAGCUGGGAGGUGGCAGCACCCACAGACACAAGUGGUGCCAGAUCUCCCUUUGAGACAGUGACAGAUAACACCCCUUUCACCAGUGUCAAUCAUAUGGUCCUAGACAGUAUCUACUUCAGCCGUCGUUUCCACGUGCGUUGUGUUGCAAAAGCAGUUGACAAAGCUGGUCACGUUGGGACACCACUAAGGAGCAAUAUAGUCACCAUAGGAACAGAUAGCAGUAUCUGCCACACGCCUGUAGUGGCAGGGACAGCCAGAGGGUUCCAGGCUCAAUCGUUUAUUGCAACUCUGAAGUACUUAGAUGUGAAGCACAAGGAACAUCCCAAUAGAAUCCAUAUUUCGGUGCAGAUCCCUCACCAGGAUGGGAUGCUGCCUCUCGUCUCCACCAUGCCCCUGCAUAACCUGCAUUUCCUCCUGUCGGAGUCCAUCUACAGACACCAGCACAUCUGCUCCAAUCUGGUGACACUCAAAGACCUCAAGAGUAUCACAGAAUCUGGAUUUCUGGACGAUGUUAACUAUGACAGGAUCACUCUUGGCCCUGGUUAUGAUCGACCGUUCCAGUUUGACCCAAAUGUGAGAGAAUCUAAAACCAUCCAGUUGUACAAACACCUGAACCUGAAGAGCUGUAUCUGGACGUUCAAUGCUUACUACGACAUGACUGAGCUGAUUGACGUGUGCGGUGGCUCUGUGACAGCUGACUUCCAGGUGCGUGACUCGGCUCAGUCAUUCCUGACCGUGUCGGUGCCAUUGUACGUGUCUUACAUUUACGUGACAGCACCACGAGGCUGGGCUUCAUUGGAGCAUCACACUGAGAUGGAGUUCUCCUUCUUUUAUGACACGGUUCUUUGGAGAACAGGCAUUCAGACUGACAGUGUGCUGUCAGCACGACUUCAAAUCAUACGCAUCUACAUCAGGGAAGAUGGACGACUUGUCAUUGAAUUCAAGACCCACGCAAAGUUCAGAGGUCAAUUUGUGAUGGACCACCACACGCUACCCAGUCAAAAAUCUGAAAUCGUAGCUCCCGGUCACCUGGGAGGUAUAGAAUUUGACCUGCAGUUGCUCUGGAGCGCUCAGACAUUUGACUCCCCUUAUCAGCUGUGGCGAGCAACUAGUUCAUACAACAGAAAAGAUUAUUCAGGAGAGUACACUAUUCUUCUGAUUCCUUGUACUGUGCAACCCACACAACCUUGGAUCGACCCUGGAGACAAGCCCCUGGCCUGUACCGCACAUGCUGUUGAGAAGUUCCUUGUCCCCAUUGCAUUCCAACAGACCAAUCGUCCCGUUCCAGUGGUCUAUUCCCUCAACACAGAGUUUCAUCUUUGUAAUAAUGAUAAAGUUUUUAUGAUGGAUCCCUCCGAAACUGAGAUGUCCUUAGCUGAAAUGGAUUAUAAAGGAGCCUUCUCUAUGGGUCAGACAUUAUAUGGACGUGUUCUCUGGAACCCAGAACAGAACCUCAACUCUGCAUACAGGCUACAACUAGAGAAGGUGUACCUCUGCACUGGGAAAGAUGGUUAUGUCCCUUUCUUUGAUCCCACUGGGACUAUUUAUAACGAGGGUCCCCAGUAUGGUUGUAUCCAGCCCAACAAACACUUGAAACAUAGAUUCCUGCUUUUGGAUCGGAACCAACCAGAGGUAACGGACCAGUAUUUUCAUGAUGUUCCAUUUGAUGCUAACUUUGCAUCGGAUGCACCUGAGUUUCACGUCAUGAGGCACAUGCCUGGAGUGGAUGGCUUUACCAUGAAGGUGGAUGCCCUUUACAAGGUGGAAGCUGGGCAUCAAUGGUACUUACAAGUCAUCUACAUCAUUGGUCCAGAGUCACUUUCUGGACCACGUGUCCAGCGCUCACUCAGCUCCCGUCUGCCACGGACAAAGCGGGAUCUGGUGGACAAGGAUGGCAAACUAACACUGGACGACUCAUUGAUUUAUGACAAUGAGAACGACAAGGUUAAGAAUGGUACCAAUAUGAAGAACUUAAGAUUGGAGUCCGAAGCCUUGGCAUCAACCUUGCACAAAGAUGCAUCAAUUGGAGGUGCAGUCGCUGCUGUAAUGCUCCUCUUCCUCUUCCUCCUUGCUGCUUGCAUUUUGGCAAGAAAAUGUAAGCAAAAGAAGAAGCUGCCCAAAGAGAUCCCAGAGGAGUAUCCACUGAACACAAAAGUGGAAAUCUGCAGCAAAACACUGAACAGGCUUGAGAAAAACUUAAACAGCAAGCAGUGCACAGUAAAGAAUAUCAACAUUUUAAAUAAAAAUGAUGACAUGGUUCGGGUAAAGGGUGUCAAAGUUAAGCAGGUGAACCUAAACGUUAAGCUCCAAAAUAAUCUACACGAUGGAACAGAGGUUUGAUGGCAGACAAAUGUUGUUAUAAGAUAUGUAAUUCUGGGAGACGGGGUCUGUAAAAUCUCGAGGAAAAAAGGGAAACGAUUUCCGUGGUGGUCAGUUAUGCAGUGUAAUACAUUUGGUAAUUGAGCUACCUCAUUCUAUGCAAGCAUGUAACACAUUAUAAUACAGCACUCAUCCAUUUUAGCUGGUGCAGAUCCAUUCAGGAGUUUAAUCAUGGUGCAGUAUUCCCUCUCCUCCUCAUCCCCCCAUCUCUAUCUCUAUUUUUCUACUGGUAGCUCAAGCCUUGUGUGUGCUUUUAAAUAUCCAGCAUUUUCACCAUCUUCUGGCUGGGCUAAUGAAUUGUUUGAACUGUGUAAAUGUAAACACACCAGUGAAAGAUCAAACCACUUUAAAUUACACAUGAGUAUUAUUGCCUUGUUUCCAGCCAAGCACUCAAAUGUGUUCAGUCAUGUAAAAGUUUGUUUAUAACUGGAUGAGUUAUGUAAAUAUCCUUUUAAGUGCAAUUCCUGUUUGGAGGCAAGGUUCAUCCAGGUUGACUUGUGAAACAAUCAGGUUGUGUGUUUGAGAAUGCUUGUUCUCUUUAUUGGCUUUAUUUCGGCCGAAAGGCUUUCAGUUAUUAUUUUUAUACUUACUCAUGGUAAAACUUUGGACAAACUGAAAUGAGACCAUUAUUGUUGUCUGUUUGGACAUCAUUUUAAAAAAAACUCCUCUCCUGGCGAUGUAAUCUUGAUUUUAGUGCUUAUUUGAAAACAAAUAUAAAUUUACAGUGUAUUACGUACCAUUGCUUUUAUAUACUGUGUAGUGAAGUAGAAGUGAACUUUAUGGUUAAACUGUGUAACGGAGCUCUGUGACAAAUCAUAUUUGAUUGUUAUAUUGUUGUAUCUAUCAAUCAACAAGAGGACCUCAGCAGUUUCUGUUGAUGAAAGACCAUAGCACCCGGGCAUACCACUGUUUUCAGUAAUUCCAUUCUCUUAAGAUAAACACCACCAACAUCUCAUAUUCAGUAUGGAUCAACCCACUUUCCCACUAGUGCUCGUGCUGUUAUUAAGUGACUUAAAUUGUGGUGCUGUAGUUUAAUCUUUACAUUUGUGUAUUUAAAACUUUAGUAUGUGGGCUUAUGAUACGAGUAAACUGACUGCUACAUGACAUAACCUGAGGUGUUUUUUUUACUAAUAAAGAACAUUUUGUUAAA